AUGAGUUACUACUCCAAGACUGAGCCGAUAGUGGUUUCUUGCGAUGCCUCGUUGGGGGGCCUCAGUGCGGUCUUGAUGCAACAUGACCACCCUAUAGCAUAUGCAUCUAAAACCCUGACUCAGACUGAACGAGCAUAUGCACAGAUUGAAAAAGAGCUUCUGGCCAUAGUGUUUGCUUGUAGGAAAUUUCACCACCUACUGUAUGGCAGAAAUGACAUCACAGUAGAGACAGACCAUUUGCCUCUUGUCCACAUCAUUGAGAAACCCUUGGGACAAGUUCCCUUGAGAUUACAGAAGAUGUUGUUGAAAUUGCAACCAUACAGUUUCAAACUGAUAGGAAAGUCAGGGAAAGAUAUUCCUGUUGCUGAUUGUCUGAGCCGAGCUCCAUUGAAAGAUUGUCACUACAGAGGCCUAGUUGAUGACAUGCAUGACUACCAAGUCUGUGCUAUGGAGAUUCCUACUGUACAUGCUUUCUCUGAUUCCAAACUGAAGUUGUUGAAGACAAAUACUGAGAAAGAUGCUGAGUUGCAGAAGUUGCGAAACCAGGUUGUCAAAGGUUGGCCUGAUGACAGAGCCAAGGUAGAAAAUGUUCUGAAGCCAUACUGGGACUAUAGGGCAGAGAUCACUGUGUAUGAUGGUAUCCUUUUCAAAGGAGAGCGAGUCAUUGUACCCAAGCAGAUGCAUAAGGACACGGUAGAGUUGAUACAUAGUUCGCAUCAAGGGAUUGUCAAAUCAAAACAGCUGGCUAGAGACGUUCUGUUUUGGGUUGGAAUGAACAAGCAGAUUGAAGAAGCUGUAAGCAAAUGUCCAUUGUGCCAAGCCAGUAGAAGUCAACAGCAGAAAGAGCCUAUGAUGAGCACUCCUGUGCCAACUCUACCAUGGCAGUCUGUUUCAUCAGACUUGUUUGUACUAGAUGAUGAUUUCUAUCUUGUGACUGUAGAUCACUAUUCUGGGUAUUUUGAAGUGGAUGAACUGAAACCUGAUCAUAGUGCACCUGUUGUCAUAUCCAAACUGAAAAGAGUCUUUGCCACCCAUGGCAUCCCCAGGACUUUGUAUUCUGAUCCUGGCUCGGAGUACACUAGUCGUGAUAUGAAAGAUUUCAGUACCCAGUGGGGGUUUGAAAUCAAGGCAUUCAGUGCUAAGAAUCCACAGGCAAAUGGCCUAGCAGAAAAGUCAGUUCAGAUUGCUAAAAACAUGCUGAAGAAGUGUAGGCAAGAUGGCACAGAUUUUCAGUUGGCUUUGUUGGACUAUAGGAACACCCCUAGAGACAAUGUCUUGGGUUCCCCUGUACAAAGGUGUAUGGGACGAAGGACACAGACUAGAUUGCCUACAAAUCCGUCACUGCUGAAGCCUAAAUUGUUGUCCCCAAAGCAAGUGACUGGCAGGUUGCAAGAAUGUAAAGCCAGAAACAAGGUACACUAUGACAAGCAUGUGAAACCACUUCCAAACUUGACUAGAAAUAAUACUGUGAGGUACAGAACUGGUAAAACCUGGACACCAGCCAAAUUUGUGUCUGAGGCUGAUGGUCCAAGGUCAUACAAGUUGGUCACACCCUCUGGCAAGACCAUAGUUAGAAACAGGAGACACAUUCUGAGAACGAGAGAAUCUGGAAUCUAUGAGCCCAUGAGGCGCCAUCUGUUGAUGAAUGAGGAAACUGAGCUUGCUACUCAGCCCAGGCCACCAGAAACUCCUGCUAUUGCAGCUCCAAGGCCUGUUGCUUCUGGUCCUCCAGGUUCAGCUCCAGUCAGGUCAGUUCCUACUCCUGCUUCUAAACCUCCAGAACAGUUGAGAACAGGAAGAGUCUCAAGUGCUCCAAACCACCUGAAAGACUAUGUCAAGUAA